GUUUACACCCAAACCGGAAGCGGCCCGGAAGGGAUUUCCUUCCCCCCCCCUGCACGUGUCCUCCCUUGCUCGCUCGGCGGACCGAGGGGGAAAAAAAAACACCAUGAAACUCCUGACCCACAACAUGCUCACUUCGCACGUGCGGGGCGUGCGGCCAGGAGGAGGGUUUCCCCUUCUCAUAAAGGCUACAGAGGUGAAGGUGAACGAUAUUGAUUUCAACCCAGAGUUCACAGCGCGGAUGGUGCCCAAAAUUGAAUGGGGAGCUCUGGUGGGAGCGGCCGAAAGUUUGGGCCACCGCUCAGACCUUCCCUCCGAGCUCAUCCCCGACUAUGAGAAAAAUGAAGAUUUUCUUCGGAAAGUGCAUCAUGUCUUGAUGGAGGUUUGAAACCGUUUCAUUCUCCCUUAAUUCAUGGAACACAU